AAGAGCUCCCCAUGGCCGAUCCAGGAAACUUCAUCGGCCGGAAGGUCUCUGCUCGCAACAAGGGAGGGUCGCUGGAGGAAAAGCGCUCCAGGCCAUUGGGUGAUGCUGAGAGCCCUCAUGAGGUCGGGUCCAUAACGACAGACGACAAAGGCGAUCGCACUCAACGGAAGCUCAAGUCUCGACACAUCCAGCUGAUAGGUAUUGGUGGCACCAUUGGCACUGCCCUUUACGUCGGGAUCGGCCGUGGCCUGAUCGCGGGAGGGCCAGGUAGCUUGUUUAUAGCCUUCACAAUAUGGUGUGUCUUUAUACUGGCAGUUACGCUAUGCAUGGCUGAGAUGGUCACCUACCUCCCCAUCUCUUCUCCCUUCAUUCGAUUCGCAGGAAACUAUGUCGACCAGGCUUUUGGCUUCGCAGCCGGUUGGAACUUUUUCGUGUUUGAGGCAGCUCUCGUACCUUUUGAAAUUACAGCCUGCAACGUGAUAAUACACUACUGGUCUGACGCAGUGCCAGCCGGUGGUAUCAUCGCCAUAAUCAUCGUACUCUAUGGGCUUAUCAAUGUGCUGGCGGUUCAGUGGUAUGGUGAAACCGAAUUCUGGGCAGCUCUGGGAAAGGUCAUCCUCACAGUUGCCUUGCUGGUCUUCACCUUUAUAGUAAUGCUUGGUGGCAAUCCUCUUGGCGAUCGCUUUGGCUUCAGGCUACACUCUAUCUCGCUCGACGCCCAUCCGACUUACAAUAUGUGUAUACUCAAAAGGUACUGGCAGGAUCCUGGCGCAUUUGCCGAGCUGCAUUAUUCGGGUGACCUGGGCCGUUUCUUGGGCUUUCUGCAGUGCCUCAUUCAGGCAUCCUUCACCAUCGCAGGGGUCGGUAGCCCCGAUUACGUCGCCAUGGCUGCAGGUGAAGCUGAGAAUCCUCGCAAAGUUAUGCCCAGAGCUUUCAAUGCCGUCUUUUACCGCUUGACGGCAUUUUUCAUCCUCGGCGCGCUGGCUGUUGGUAUCCUUGUGCCAUCUGACGACGAAGAGCUCGUGAACGCCUUCAGCAGCGGCGCCCCUGGAGCAGCCGCAAGUCCUUACGUCGUUGCCAUGAACCGACUACGGAUUGGCGUGCUACCACACAUCGUCAACGCCAUGGUCUUGACUGCUGCCUUCUCCGCAGGCAACAGCUAUGUCUACUGCGCCUCGCGAUCGCUUUACGGUCUUGCACUCGAGGGCAAGGCACCAAAGUUCCUCACCAGGUGCACCAGAAACGGCGUGCCGCUGUACUCGGUCCUUGUCGUCUUGGCCAUAUCCCUCCUCUCCUUUUUGCAGGUUUCAAACAACGCCGCGGUCGUCCUGUCGUGGUUCGUCUCUCUCGUGACCGCCUCCCAGCUUCUCAACUUUGCCGCCAUCUGCUUCACGUACACCCGGUUCCACAAGGCCCUCGCAGCACAGGGGAUCGACCGACGCACUCUGCCGUACAGAGGAUGGUUUCAGCCCAUCCCGGCAUGGAUGGGGGUGAUCGCGUGCACGACCAUGGCGUUCGUGGGCGGUUAUACCGUCUUCCUGCCUGGCAAGUGGCAGACGCCUGACUUUUUGUUCUCCUACACGAUGAUCGUCGUCACUCCGGCCCUGUUUGUCGGCUGGAAAUUCUUCAAGAAGACCAAAUUUCUCAAGCCCGAAGAGGUUGAUCUGAGGAAGCAUUUGGACGAAAUUGAGGAGUACGAGAGAAACUAUAUCCCUCAGCCUUCCAAGGGAAUAUACAACAGGAUUCUUGAUCUUCUUUUUGGAUGAAGAGGGUUUUCGAUGAAUCCUUUCCAACAUGACAGUGUUUGGACAUCUGCGAGCACUGCAAACUCCACUUUGCUGACCAUCCUCCAGUCGUCAGACUAGCCACCCUUUGUUUGAGGCACGAUCUGAUGUAUAUAUAUAUAUAUAUAUAUAUAUAUAUAUAUAUAUAUAUUUGU